AUGUCUAAACCUGCCUCUUCUUGUCCGCAUUGGCGCGUGAUCUGACAUAAAUGGGAGGAUGUCAUGAAUUCUGUGCAAAAUAAAUACCCAAAUCCUUUUAACGAUAGCGUCCUCUCGACAGAUGUUAUCAGCCGCUCUUUCUCCCCAGAUAAAUCUAAGAUGUACUCGACUAAGCUGAUAAAUACUGUUUGGGAGGCUUUCGUCAAAUUUGGAGAAGCAAAGGCUCUCGAAAUGAGUUGCGUGGAUCGACGAAACAAGAAGAUGCUCAUCGAGUCACACAACCUUACUGGACGCAAUAUCCUGCGAGCAGUCGAACAGCUAGAGUAUACAGUGCAUCCAGAAAAUGAAAAUUGGUAUGAUAUUUGCUGUAAUAUUAUUAGUAGGACGCUGCUCAAGCAUUCCUUGGCAAUAGAUUCUCUCCGAGGUUUCGGCUACUGCUUAAUGGUCGUCUCUCAAGGUGCCGCAGCCAAGGUGCGAAAUGCAUAUAACAAUGUUAUUAAAAAAACUGAUCCUCAAACAAAACUUAUGGGCCAUUUGUUCUAG